UCAGUCGGCGCGCAGGCGACGUGGACACCGGACUGGCCUCGCGGAGCGCCGGGUCCGGCGGCCCACUCCAAGGGGAGCCGGAGCGCGCCGACCCGCUGGACUGCACGCGGCGGACGGCAGGCCCGCGGAGCCGGGCGCGGUGAGCUGACUGCUCCGCCCCGGCGACUCCCUGUCAGGCUCGGCUCCCACCCAAGCCCCGCGCCGGCGAGGCUGCCGGGCGUCGGAGCAACUCCGGGCUGCCCCCGCCGCCUCUUCCCUCACCCGGCCUCAGGCCUCGGGAAGUUUCCCGCGGAAGCGAAAGCGAAUCCUUCGGGUCACGCAGGCGUCCCAGGCCGGGCCUCCUCCCCCGCCCUUCGGAAGGGCCUUUGACUGGGGCGCUGGGGUCGCCGCGAAUUGCGAAGCAGUCAGAAGUGUUUCCGCGUCGUCGUAGACGUGUGCUGGCAAGUGGGAAAGAAGGGUUAACGGCGACGAAGGGGAGGAUGCCGUCACCCUAGGAGGCGUCUUCUGUUCGGUGGGCACAGCUCUGAGGGGAAUAAAAAGUUGUGUAUUUUUUGGGCAUUCUGAGCACUCAGAAGGAAACCAGACAUGUCCUUGGAUGACAUUAAGAUGAACUCCGCUGACUUCCUGCAGCAGAAGGAUCUGGACGACGGGGGCUUCGGAAAGGCGUCUCUGUGUUUACACAGAUCCCAUGGGCUCGUGGUGCUGAAGAAGGUGUACACGGGCCCCAGGCGCGCCGAGUACAACGAGGCCCUCCUGGAGGAGGGCAGGAUGAUGCACAGGCUGCGGCACAGCCGCGUGGUCAAGCUGCUGGGCGUCAUCAUGGAGGACGGGAACUACUCCCUGGUGAUGGAGUACAUGGAGAAGGGCGACCUCAUGCACGUGCUCAAGGCCCAGAUCAGUAUCCCUCUCUCUGUGAAAGGAAGGAUAAUUAUGGAGACCAUUGAAGGAAUGUGCUACUUACACAGAGAAGGUGUAAUACACAAGGACCUCAAGCCUGAAAAUAUCCUCGUCGAUGGUGACUUUCACAUUAAGAUAGCUGACCUUGGCUUUGCCUCCCUUAAGACGUGGAGUGAGCUGAUGAGAGAGGAGCUUGCUGCGCAGAGGAGAGGGAGCGGCACCACGAAGGACGGCGGCAGCCUCCACUACACGGCCCCCGAGCACCUGAACGACGUCAGCUCGAGGCCCUCGGAGAAGUCGGACGUGUUCAGCUUCGCCAUAGUGCUCUGGGCCGUCUUUGCCAAGAAGGAGCCGUAUGAAAACGCUGUCUGUGAGCAGCAGCUGAUGAUGCGCAUUAGAUCUGGGAACAGGCCGGAUGUGGAGGACAUGGCUGAGCACUGCCCGCGGGAGGUUAUCAGCAUCAUGAAGCAGUGCUGGGCGGCGAAUCCAGAAGAUCGGCCAGCGUUUGCCGGCAUUGAAGAGAAAUUUAGGCCUUUUUAUUUAAAUCAAUUAGAAGAACAUGUAGAAGAGGAUGUGAAGAGUUUAAAGAAAGAGUAUCCGGGCCAAAAUGAAAUUGUAAAGAGAAUGAAGUCUCUCCAAAUUGAUUGUAUAGCAAUAUCUCCAAGCAGGUCAAAUUCAGCCACAGAACAGCCCGGUUCGCUGCACAGUUCGCGGGGCUUCGGGCCGGGCCCUGUGGAGGACUCCUGGUUCGCCCCCGCCCCAGAGCAGCAGCAGCAGGACCUCCGGCUGCACAGUAAACUCCAGGAGGAGGCCAACUACCACCUGUACGGCAGCCGCAUGGACGGGCAGACAGGAGGGCAGCCUGGACGCAACGUGGCUGACAGUAGGCAGGAAGAGAGGAGACGGAGGGUCUCCCAUGACCCUUUUGCACAGCAGAGACCUUAUGACAAUGCUCAGAACCCAGGGCUCAAAGGCCUUGCUUAUUCCGGCGCAGCCAGUCAUGGUAAUGCGGUACAGCAACCAACAGGGCUAACCAGCCCACCCCAGUUACUCUCCUGGAGAAAUGGAUUGUGUACACCACUCGGUUUUGGAGCAAGUCCAGUGGACCUGAGAACCGCAGGUCCAGGAGUUUGGUAUGGGCCAAAUCCAGGCCACAUGCCAAGCCUGUAUAAAACGCCAGUGCCUGAGACCAACCUACUGGGAAACACACCCACCAUUCCAUUCAGCUCCUUGCCAUCUAGAGAUGAGUCUUUAAAAUAUAGCAUAUACAACAGUUCUGGCGUUCAGAUUGGAAACAAUAAUUAUAUGGAGAUUGGCGGAACGAGUUCAUUGGUACUGGACAGCAUGUACAUGAACUUGAAAGAAGACGCAGCUUCUAAGUACCAAGAUAUCUUCGAUAAUACCACUAGUCUGACUGAUAAACACCUGGACCCAGUUAGAGAAAAUCUGGGCAAGCACUGGAAAAACUUUGCCCGUAAGCUGGGCUUCUCUCAAUCUCAGAUUGAUGAAAUUGACCAUGACUAUGAGCGAGAUGGACUGAAAGAAAAGGUUUACCAGAUGCUCCAGAAGUGGCUGAUGAGGGAAGGCAGCAAGGGGGCCACCGUGGGAAAGCUGGCCUGCGCACUCUACCAGUGUUCCAGGGUGGACCUGCUGAACUGCUUGAUACGUAUCAGCCACAACUAAGCCCACAGGGGCUCCUGCAGCAUGAGGCCAUCUCCUCACUCGGUGAGCCACCCACCGAAAGCCUGCUGCCUCAGAGGUUCAGAAUUCUUUCCUCACUGAUGUGGGUUCUGUGCAUAAAAAUCAUUUCCUGCCUUUCAUAGCUGCAGGAUGGGAAAAGAAAUCUACAGCAAACAACCCACUACACAGGAAGACCUAUUCAUGGCCAAGGUCCAAUCAGAAAAGAAGCCUAAUAGCGUUUUGAAAGGGAGAGAGAUUUAAGGGAGAUCAUUUUCUUUCAGAUUAUUCCAUAACCUUCAGUGACGCUGUUCACUCAGUUUCUUGAAAUUUUGCUUGAUCAAGGAAAAAACAAAAAAAUUCAGAGAAUAUAAACUAAAUCAGCUUUCUAAUUCUGCACUGUCUUCUCUACAUAGGCUCCUGUUAUAAUCGAAGCACUGUAAAAUGCUGCAUUCUCGUCAAAUGGGAUUUUUUUGUAUCACAACCACAGUUCAUUCCAAAAUUACAGGGUCUCUUAACUUCAGGAUCAAAUUCUGUAUCAGUCACUACAGGCUUCAGGAAUUAUAUGCCGUCUUCACUCUGUAAAUUAACGGAAGCGAUUUUAAGGCGUACAAACAAGGGGGGAAAAAUAGAGAACAAAGAUAGCAGACUUGCCCCGGCCGUCGUUGCACAGAAUUGCUACUCACUCUGACGAGUACGAAGGUUCUUUCCUAGCAUUCUGACGCUUCAGGUACUUUUCCAACCUGCGUGCCCUGAAGAGGGAGCAGGUGUGCUGGGAGUACUGAUGGCGUCACCCCUGCGACGACUGGAGCCUCAGGGCGGAUCAGUGUUGAGCAGCUUCCUCAGUUUACCCCAGGGUGCUGUAGCAAUAGCUUCAUUUUGUCCUGUGAGCUGGGCUGUGCAAGGACCGGUUCCGAGUCUGCUCCUUGUGCCUGCAGCAGUCAGCCUCUCAAAGCCCACCUGAAACCAAGAAGGAGUGAAGGCACUCGAGGGCUAGGAGACUGACGUGACCAGGCCACCCAGCAUCACUGCCCGCCCUCUGCUCGGCAGAGCAGGUGUGCCAUCGUGCUCAGCCCUCCCGGGAGGGAGGCGCACAGGGUGCGGUAAGGUCAUCUGGCUGCCAGAACAGAUCCCAGUGUUUGGUGGGUUCAUAACAGUAUUGUUGGUUCUGAUUCUAAAUCUCCUCCAGUCCCAGCAGAUACACACACACACACACACCCACACACACACACACACACACACUCUGACGUGGUGCUGUAAAGCAAAAUUUCUCAGCCUUGGCACUACUGGCAUCUUGGGCCAGAUAGCUCUUUGUGUGGAGGGCUGUCCCGUGCAUUGUAGGGCAUUUGGAAGCAACGCUGGCCUCUCCCUGUGACAUGCCAAUAGUGCCCUUCUCCCCCUCCUCCCAUCCCUAGUUGUGACAAACAGCAGUGUCUCUGGACAUUGCCAGAUGUUCCCUGGAGGGGCAAAACUGCCCUAGUUGAAGACAGCACUGCUAUAAAGUAGUGAACCUGUUUUCCUACCCACACAUAUCCAGGCUCACUACUUCGUUGCCACACAGCAUUGGAUCACGUAGCCCAAAAGGAAAACUGGAGGGGCAAAUAGUCCCAGGCUUGCUGGAGGGGGCUGGAUGAUUUCUUUUCUAAAUGCAUCGCUUGUACCUCUCUUCUAAAUUCUCUAAAUUCCAAAGAGGUUGCACGAUCAAUGUUCAGAGGUAAAAAGCAGAAGAUAUCUUUAAUGGACUUUUUAAAAUAAAAUUUUGUACCUCAAAUAUAAGCCAUGUGUUUGUAUAAAUAAAACAGUCUGAGAUUCUCCACUGUGACUUUACCACAUGGGUUGGCAUUUCCUUUUCACCCCUGCUAUUGGCAGGAGAGGGGAAGCUGGUGAUAAAAGAGGAGCUUCUUGACAUUGCAUUUUGACUUUCAAGAUGAAAAACCCACUGAUCCGAGAGCCUGCGGCACUGCUGUCCUUCACACCUGGCUCAGAGGCCCUUCCUUCAGCCUCCACUCUCUAAAAACUGGGCUGAAAAGGGCCAAAUUUAUAUCUGAGGAGUUUCAAUACAAGGCCCAAGCACCACAGAAACACUAGUCUUGGGCAGAAACCAAUUAAAUGAGACGACACAGACUACAACAUGAGAAAUAAGACUAUCCAUCUUGGCUCCGAAAAAGGUAUUCAGACCCUAAGGUUGAUACUGGUAAAUAAGACUCACUUCCAGAUCACACAUCCUGCUCAGGAGAGUCUCCACUUGAUGCUAUGGUCAUGAUCUUUGCUUUGGGUCCAUAAUAUGAAGUUAGAUCUUAAGCAACAAGAA